UUUUUAAACUAUAUAUAUAUAUAUAUAUAAUAUAUGGUUUCGUGUUUUCGAAGGCCAAGAUCUCGAUUUGGUCUCGGUUUCUCUGAUUUGAAAAUGGGGCUUUCCUUCACCAAGCUUUUUAGUCGGCUUUUCGCCAAGAAAGAAAUGCGUAUUCUUAUGGUUGGUCUUGAUGCUGCUGGUAAGACCACCAUUUUGUACAAGCUCAAGCUUGGAGAGAUUGUGACUACCAUUCCCACCAUUGGAUUUAAUGUAGAGACGGUGGAGUACAAGAAUAUUAGCUUUACUGUGUGGGAUGUUGGUGGCCAGGACAAGAUCCGGCCCUUGUGGAGGCAUUACUUCCAGAAUACUCAAGGCCUUAUAUUUGUGGUUGAUAGUAAUGACCGUGACCGUGUGGUUGAGGCAAGGGAUGAGCUUCACCGGAUGCUCAAUGAGGAUGAGUUGAGAGAUGCAGUGUUGCUUGUGUUUGCAAAUAAGCAAGAUCUCCCGAAUGCCAUGAAUGCUGCAGAGAUCACUGAUAAACUUGGCCUGCAUUCCCUCCGUCAACGCCAUUGGUACAUCCAGAGCACUUGUGCCACUUCUGGUGAAGGUCUUUAUGAAGGAUUGGACUGGCUCUCAAACAACAUAGCCAACAAGGCAUAAGUAUUGCUGGUCUGUUGCUGCUUUUGGUCUAAUUAGCAAUAUAUAUAGAGAAAUAGCGAAGCCUUGCUCUUAUAUUUCUUGUGUGUUGUCUUGUUAAUCAAAUUUGGUUUUGCCAAAAUGUUUGUUGUUGAUGUGUAACCAGAUGUGUAUGAAAAUUUGUUGUUAUUAUUUAGGUGGUGUUAAUUCUUUUCUCUAAUUACGUGUUACUUUUCCAUUUCUGAUAAUUUUCAUGCAGAGGCUUUUGUUGCUC